UGGAGUGACGGUGACCAAUGGACCAAAGUUCACAAUCUUAUCGAUAUGUCUGUGAGACACCCGUGGCUUGGACGAGGUGGCUUUGAGGAUGUUAUUCAUGAAGAGGCCAAGAACCUUGCCACUGAAUUAUACGCGGAGAAAUGCAUUCCACUCAACCCUAGGGCUAUCCUCACCAAAGCUGUCCUCAACAUCUUGUGUGGAUUUCUGUUAGGUCAAAGAUUUGACACUGAUAAGGAGGAAGGAAGGGGGUUACUCAAUUCUUUGAAGUCUGUAUGCAACAUUUCGCCUUUAAAGCUACCCCACAAUUAUCUUCCACUGGCCAGCCUGUUUAUGUCCUCCUCUAACUUACACUCUAUGACGGCCUCCAAUGUCCAGCUGAAAUCGUUCCUGGCUAAAGCGUUGGUCAAGGAGAAGGAUACUUUCAUGGCUACGGACCUACGUCAUUUCGUUGAUUUCUGGCUAAAAUCGAAUCUUGAUCGCAAAGGAGACCCUAUCCUAUCUGACGACACCCUAAUACAGACAUUGGUGGACGUGAUGGUUGGAGGGCUGGAGCCGACGGUUAACACUCUUCUUUGGUCACUUUUAUACAUGGUUCGCUAUCCAGAAGUACAGACGAUGUGCAGGCAUGAUAUUCACAAGGUGUCUAAAACCCGAGAUCUGACAUGGGAGGAUCGCGACCAGGUUCCAUUCGUCAUGGCGACACUUCGAGAGGUUCAACGCAUCAGCAACGUCUUACCCCUCAGUAUUCCUCACACCACUAACGAGGACGUAGAAUUGGGAGGGUACAAAAUACCCAGUGGAUAUAUGGUUCUAUUUCAUCUCUAUUCGUCGCACAUGGACACAUCUUACUGGAAACGGCCGACGGAGUUCCGACCGGAACACUUCUUAGAUUCUAACAGUCAACUCACCAACCAUGACGACUUCUUUCCCUAUGGCCUUGGAUCCAGAUGUUGCCCUUUCUCUGCACAAGCUGACAAAACAUUGUACGUAUUAUUUGCCAGUAUAUUAAGAAAAUUCAAACUGAACCCGGAAGUUAACAGAGUGCCAUCGACGGAAGCGGAAGACGGAGCCUAUCGCUGUCCACGUCCUUAUACACUGGUCUGUGUUCCUAUCGAUUGAUAAUCCUGACAAAACGAUUGGAUUAGCAACAUGGAAGUAUUGAAUGACUUGUGGCUUUGUUUCUCAAUAAAAAUAUGGUGGAGUCCAGAAUUAAAUAGGCGCUUAAAGGAUGUGAAGCCAUCUUUAAAAAAAAUCUGAUACAACAUAUGAUCAUGUAAAACCCCCUAUCACGACUGCCGUUUGUUAUACCGACACUAAUGAACCUUAAAGUUACAAUGAAGAGAAGAAACUUUCUGCAAUAUGAAGCACAAAGCAAAAAUACUAUAGCAAUGCUAUAUUCUAGCGUGUUUCAUUAAGUAUUGGAUGUGGACAUUUCAAGUUGAGGUGCAAGAACGAAAGCUGAUAUGAAAACAUGUUACACCUGCCAGCAUAACAGGAAACUUGUUUCUAGUUUAUUUAUAAGCUGUGUCGUUAUUCAGAUUAUAGUGCCAUGCAUGUGGUAAAGAUGUGCGUGGUCUGUGAGACAUUUUAGGAAUAGAAUUUUGUGCUGCUGUGUAUGUCAGAUCAUUAAAGAUCAGCAUAGUUAGCUAACAGUCUGACUCCGGUUGAUUUAUGAAUAGGACCAUUCUAAGUAUGCUUUAGAAUAUUCUCGGGUCAAUAUAUGAUAAUCAAUGUCUUUUUCGUAAUGAGAACUUACCGCAAGGCGGCAAUUUUGCUUUUAUGUUAUUCACCCAUCAUCAAAAUCUCCAAGUUUGCAAUAAAAACUCAUGGAAUUUAAAGGAAGUAUAAGAACAUGAAUUCAUAUUUAUAAUGGCACAUCUAUAUGUUUGGAUUUGUCGUUUAAGAGACUAACUUACUAGAAAAUAGUUUAG